AGAUGUCAUCCGGCGGUGGGUGGAACCAAUGCUAUGCCUGCUGUCCUGAAUCCACGGUGACCAUACAGCCACCACCCUUCGUCCUGACCAUCCCUGGACCUGCACUCCAUUGCCCUGACCAAGUGUUCCACAUUGAACAACACAACCCAUGCGCGGGUGUCGGCGGCGGAUAUGGUGGCCUGGGAGGCGGUCUUGGUGGUGGCCAUGCCCUGGGGGGUAGUGGAGGGUUGAGCAUUGGUAGCGGUAUGGGGAGUGGCGGCGGUGGCCGUGGUAUGGGAAGUCUAGGUGGCCUUGGUAGUGGCAGUCUGGGUGGCAGAGGAGGUGGAUUUGGAGGUGGUAGCAUGAGUGGUGGUGGCAUGAGCGGUGGUGGCAUGAGCGGUGGUGGCAUGAGCGGUAGUGGCAUGAGCGGUGGUGGCAUGAGCGGUGGUGGCAUGAGCGGUGGUGGCAUGAGCGGUAGUGGCAUGAGCGGUGGUGGCAUGAGCGGUGGUGGCAUGAGCGGUAGUGGCAUGAGCGGAGGUGGCAUGAGCGGUGGUGGCAUGAGCGGUGGUGGCAUGAGCGGUGGUGGCAUGAGCGGUGGUGGCAUGAGCGGUAGUGGCAUGAGCGGUGGUGGCAUGAGCGGUGGUGGCAUGAGCGGUAGUGGCAUGAGCGGUGGUGGCAUGAGCGGUGGUGGCAUGAGCGGUAGUGGCAUGAGCGGUGGUGGCAUGAGCGGUGGUAGCAUGAGUGGUGGUGGCAUGAGUGGUGGUGGCAUGAGAGGUGGUGGUAUGAGCGGUGGUAGUAUGACUGGUGGUGUCAUGAGUGGUGGUGGCAUGACCGGUAGUAGUUCUGGUAGACGUGGGUCAUCUGGCUCAGCUGGCAGCUUAAGUCGUGGUGGUAUGAGCAGUGGUGGAUCACCAGGAGGUAUGGGCGGUAGCAGUGGUAGGCGUGGCUCAGCUGGAUCAGCCGGAUCAGGUGGCAGCUUAAGCGGUGGUAUGGGAGGUGGUAGUGGUACAUCAGGAGGCAUGGGUGGCAGUUUUGGAGGUGGCAGCGCAGGAGACCAUUUGGGUGGAAGUGGAUCAGGAGGCACUUUUGGCGGCAGAGGUUCUGGAGGAAUGAACUCCGGUGGCAGAAGAUUCAGUGGAUCUUCAUCUGGUGGAUUCGGCGGCCGACGUUACGGCGGCAGCUUAUCUGGGGGCAGAAGAUACAGUAGCAGCAGUGGAUUCGGAGGAUAUGGCGGAGGAGGACAUGGUGGGAUCAUUUAUGGUGGCGGCGGAUACGGUGGCAGCGGAUACGGCAGCUGCGGAUACGGAAGCGGUGGGCUCGGCGGCAGAAGAUACGGUGGCUUCUGUGGUGGAGGCUACCCGAGUGUCGACGCCGAAAUGGCGCUGCUGCCGUACGGCGCCUCAUACUACUAUUUUUGA